CACUCUUUCAGUUCCGCGCAGUCGAUCAGCAUCCUACGGGUUGCGGAAACUUUGGCAUGAGGCUAUGACUCCCACCGCCCAGCCACCGAUAUAAUGCAGUCGUCUACAAUACAGCCGCAGAUCGACCCUACCGCACCAAAGCCAUAGAGUCCGCCAGGAACGGGGUCGCCAUCUGAUAUAAAGGGACUUCAGUGCGCCACUAUUAUCACCUCGCUUAGCACAACCGAUGGCUAGAUCCCUCUCUCUGAACCUUGCAUUUGCGCUGAGGCUAGCGCCCCUUUGCCCUCUAAUCUAUUCCAUCAUUGGUUCCUGCUUGCCCCUUGACACUCAGGGUACUGGUUCGCCACUCGAAGAACCCAUUUUCGACUCGGGUGGUGGAAGAACCGUACUAUCCAUUCUCUGGAGUUCAUUGGCCACCAUUUUCGCUUGCAUUUGGGUUUCCGUCCAUCCAAAUGUUCCGGGGCCGAAAAUGGAGAAGAAAGGGUGGUUCUACCUCAAUGUUCUUCGUCGUGCGGAGUUGAUGGUUUUCACUGUUUUCUCCCCGGAGUUCGUCACUAUCUGGUCACUACGUCAACAUUCUGUGGCUCGUCUUAUUUGUGCGCUUCGUCCGGGGAAGCUCAGUAUGUCGCACGGUUUCCUCGUUUCCAUGGGUGCAUUUGUGUACUGUGACGGAUGUCCGAUAACUCUGGCAAAUCUGAAACAAGACCAUAGGCUCGUGGAUUUGCUUUGUCAAAUAGAAAAGAAAGAAAUCAAUGAGAGAGAUAAAGGCGAUGGUCUUUCCAAAGCAGUGGCCGUGGGUCAAGCCACGUGGUUCCUCCUGCAAUGCGUUGCCAGGGUAGCGCAACACCUGCCUCUCACCAUCCUCGAAAUAGUAGCCAUCGGUUACGCCAUUUUCACUAUCAUUAACUAUGCAGUUUGGUGGCACAAGCCUCUCGGAAUUUCUAUCCCAUUUCAAGUCGCCAUCACUUCACCGACAAAUGCCCCAUUCCUACCAGUGAAUACCCCGACUUCCGACGAAUCGCAAACACCGAGGCCACUCCCCAGCCUUUUCCCCAGAAGCAUGGACAUCGAACAUCUUAAGGACUGGGUGAAUUUUCGCCUUUUAUCCAUAUUCUUCGGCGGGGAUAUAAUCCCAGAGGUCGCUGGUCCCUCUAGUGAAAGAGGAGUUCCCCGCCUUUGGUCUGGACAUCCAAACAACACAAGGCUAUUUUAUAUUGUCGCAUGCGGCAAUUGCAUCGGCGUGUUCUUCGGGGCCGUCUAUUGUGCUGCCUGGCACUACCCCUUCAUGAUAUCAAUCGAACGAAUUCUCUGGCGGGGGUGCUCCAUUAUCUUCGCGCUUGUCCCUCCCUCCGCUAUCCUACUCACGUUUGUAACUGAGAAGACAGCUGAACGGUUUGGUUUUAACGAACCCGAAAGGGAUAGCCGUUUGUUCAGUUUUGCGUAUCGGUCCCUCUAUAUCUUACUCUGGAUCAUGUAUGAUAUGGCGAGGGCUUUCUCACUCGUGGAGCCAUUUCUGGCGCUAAGGGAUCUCCCAGCUGGCGUAUCACAGGAUAUCACGUGGAUUAGCUUCCUUCCGCAUAUCUGACACAUCACCGUGUAUACGUCUUUAUUUAACAGCUCUGAUAUAUCGCAGCAACGGUGACGAUCGUCUAAUAUUCUUGGCUAUCGAUAAUUGCUAAAUUUUCCACUCGGGAAAUUCUUGCCUGUCUUCGUCGUGCCUCGUCGUGUCCACCUUGAAUAACACCUCGCCGCAACUGCAUCGUGAUUUGAAAGCCGACAGUUUCAGCAUCGCU